AUGUCUACCCAAGCCGUCGCCAGUGCAUGGAACUCCAAGAAUGUCCAGAGAUUACGAAAAAAGCUCUGGUACGAAUUCGCCGUCUUCAUUCUCGGCAGCGGGAAUCUAGUCUUCCUCAUGCUCUUCUGGCCUGGAUGGUGGGUGCUCGCAGGCGCGUGCUGGGCAGGCUGGAUGCUCCUCGGUUGA